AUGAAGACGCCCAUCUCUGAAGAAAAUGCAUUAGCUGCAUCCAACUCUGCCUCAGACGACGCCGAUACAAAGUCUAAAAACGCUCUUCGCGGCUGGAGAUUCUGGGCCGUGUUCCCUGCCAUCUGCGUAACAUCUCUCUUGUCGGCCGUUGAGUCGACUGUAACUUCAACAGCGCUCCCAUUCAUCGUUCAUCAGCUCAACGCUGGCGGCGUCUAUGUUUGGUUUGUCAAUGUUUUUUUUCUCACCGGCACCGCUUUCCUACCGCUUUUCGGUCAGAUGUGUGAUCUUUUCGGCCGCCGAUGGAUGAUGAUUGGGGUAGUCGCCAUGUUUGCUCUUGGAAGUGGUAUAAGUGGCGGAGCUUCCAAUGCGGCCAUGAUGAUUGCUGGUCGCGCAAUUCAGGGAAUCGGCGGUGGAGGCAUCAACCUCAUGAUCGAGCUCAUUGUCAGCGACUUGGUCCCCCUUCGCCAGCGAGGUGCAUAUAUGGGAGUUGUCUUUGCUAUCUUCUCUCUUGGCACUGCCCUUGGGCCUUUUAUUGGCGGCGCCAUUGUCCAAAACACAUCGUGGCGAUGGGUCUUCUUCAUCAACUUGCCUAUUGCUGGGGUUGCCCUGGUUCUGCAUGUUCUAUUUCUGCGAGUCAACUACGAUCGCCAAACAGCCAUUGCAAUAAAGCUCAAGAAGAUUGACUACGUGGGCAAUGGAAUACUCAUGGCCAGCGUCGUGGCCGUCCUGAUUGCCUUGUCCUGGGGCGGCUCAAAGUAUGCCUGGUCUUCAUACCAUAUCCUCGCCCCAUUGCUGCUCGGAAUUGCCGGCAUGGCCGUGUUCCACUGGUACGAAACCAUGCCGUGGGUGAAGAAUCCGACGCUUCCAUCACGAGUCUUCACUCGACGAACACCAGCUGCUGCCCUGAUGCUUGCCUUUAUCAACUUCAUGCUGCUCUUUUGGGCGAUUUAUUUCUUUCCCAUUUAUUUCCAAGCAGUGCAGCGCAUGUCGCCCAUCAUCUCCGGUGUUGCACUGCUUCCGACUGUUUUGCUUUCUGUUGUGACUGGCAUUGUUGCCGGUGUCAUCUUGACCAAGACUGGCCGAUAUCGUCCACUGCAUAUAGCCUCGUUCGCCUUGAUUACUCUAGGCUUCGGUCUUUUUUCGCGUUUCAAUGCUUCUACUUCGAGGGCAGAGUGGAUCAUUGUGCAGUGCAUUCCUGCCAUCGGCCUGGGUUUCAUGAUGACGGCCAACCUGCCCGCAGUUCAGGCCGAUCUCCCAGAGUCCGAUACAGCACUGGCUACGGGAGCUUUUGCUUUUAUGAGGGCGUAUGGUUCAAUCUGGGGGAUUUCAAUUCCCGCCGCCAUCUUCAAUGCCCAAUUCGACUCACUGCUCCAUCUUAUUGACGAUGUCGGCAUCCGCGACCGGCUCUCCAAUGGAAAAGCUUACUCGUAUGCAAACGCGGAACUCAUCAACAGCUUCCCAGAUGGACCUCGUGCCCAAGUGAUCGAGGUAUACACUCGCAGCCUCAGAUUAACAUGGUACGUUUCUCUCGGGUUCGCCGUGCUAGGAUUUCUGCUAUGCUUUGUUGAGAAGGAGAUUGAUCUACGGCAAACUCUAGAAACUGACUUCGGGCUUGAGUCUGAGACAAAGGAUGCUAAGAAAUCGAAUGAAAAGGUUACAAGUCUUUAA